AAAUUGGGCAUUGGAAGUGGCCUUUUCAAGUCGAUUGUUACGUCCGUAGAUUUAGUAGGUCAUUACUAAGAAUUGCACUAUCUGUCACUGAUUAUUAAUUUGCCUUCUUCUACCAUUUGCUAGCAAUGAAUAGAGAAAAUGAAAGUAAAUGAUGGUCAAAUGUGAGAAACAGCUAUUUGCUUUAGAACAAUAAUGUUCAUUGUUGUGUACUCUGUUAAUUUAUUCACCACCGUAUCCAGAAGACUGACGCAUUACAAAUAAAAAAAGUGUUAGAUUAGUUUGGUAAUAUUAUGAACAUGCUGCGUAAAUCCUAUUUUGUCUCUGAAGGUUGUAGUUAAACAAGGAAAUCGGACGAUUUGCACUUAAAAAGGUUAGCCAGGUAGAAAAAGAAGUAAAAAACAGUUAAAAGUACUACAUAAUUAGAUGAACCUCAUCGAAGUCUUGUCAUUAAGCUUUGUUGACGAAGUACAUGUAUACAGCAAGAGUCGGCGUAAACGUUUGAAAUGACAUGGUCUACAAAAUUCUAUGUAAAAAUAUUUUGCAUGGAAUGGAUAUCUUAUAAUGAUAUUAUUUAUUAUUUAGGAAGCCAGCCAAUUAUUGAAAAUACACCGGAAUUAGUGAUUUGUACGUAAACGUACGAAGUAACUUAUGUCUAAAUUUUCUUUUAUUUCUGUCCCAUGCUUGUUUACUUCACUUCUUGCACUACAAGAUGACCUGGCUCUCAUGGUCAUUUGAUGAAUCGAUUUGAUAUCUUACUCGGGCAACGAGUCACCUUGAAAUCUGGAAUACAUCACAUCUAACCAAUAAUGUUUGAUAUAAUUCUAACCUACUUCAAAUCAUUUUGCAAAAUCUGUGAUUGCCAAUACUCAGCUCGCUUUUUGUUCCAUCUAGAGUUAAAAUUAUUUCAAGUUAGUCUGUCAUUAUGUAAGCCGAAAUUAACUUUGCUGACUCACGAAGAUCAUUCUCAAUGAUCGGUGAUAUUCUUGUAUCCUUAAUCAUACUUAACAACUGUUGCAACCUACAUAUUGAUCACGGAAUUUUUGAUCUCCCAAUACAGCUUCCAAUGUACCUGGUUCUACAGGCGUCUGAGAUGGAAACUGUGAAGGCCGGGAAUCCACGUUUUAUAUACUUUCUCCUUGACUUUAAUGAGUGAGAUUUUAACGUAAGCCGUCAUAUUAUUUUUCUGAUUAGAUAAAUCUGCAAUGCCUGGCAUUGUUUUGUCAACAUUUUGUUUCAAGGCCUGAAACCUCCGAUCAUUAAAACGAUACAACUUGCUUGUGAUGACAAAACUUCAGUUUUCGAAAACCUGAUAUAUAUGAAUCUAUUAAAUGAAUAGAUUGCGAUUGUGAUAAGAUGCCCAAAGAUUAAGCCUAAUAUUCAUGUCUUAAUUGGUUGGGUAAUGAGUAACCUACACCUUAAAUAUUUGGCCGUGUUUAUUUUGUAUUCAUAUUCCGUAUCUAAGCGCAUCAUUUUAUCUCACGAAAAUCUAAUCUGGCUAAGGGUCUUUUAUUUUUAAUCAUUCGGAGGCCUUAGUCAUUAACAAGAUCUCAUGAGUAGCCACCACUAGGCCACAUCAUAUCAUUGUAUUCAUCUAUCAAUCAAAAUUUCAUUCGUCAAUCUUAACAGUCUUAAAUUUCGUCCCAUUAAAUCACCAAACACUUGCGUAAUAGAUCUAUGUAAAACCCCUUCAAAAUGUUAAUUUAUGAGAAAUCUACAAAAGUACAUCGAACCUUCAACUCCUCGGAAGUGUACACAUCAACAUUGUGCUUCUUUUUGCUUCUCUGUCAAACGUUUUUGUUGUAUGCUAUCAUCAUUUUACCUUAUAAACUUUAUUAAAAGAUACGACAGCACAACAUCUUUGGCAUUUUACCCGAGGAUAGUAUUAAAUCCAGCACUUGAACACACAGCUGACUGGAAGUUAUGUGAAAGGAUAUUUUAUUUUAUCACAACUAACCACAACAGUUUAAAACCUUAGAUUUUUUCAAAAAGCAGUCAGCAUUGGGAUUAAUCCGACCCGUGAUUUCUCCUGACGUCACAUCCUCCUUGUAUAUAAAUAAUUCUUCGUUUAACAGUUAGUCGCUUGGGUAUUCGAGCACAUCUUUCCUGCCGAUGUCGUUGAUAAUAACAUGGAGUUCCGAUUGAUGCUGAAGGAAAAUGUAAUUGUGUUAUAAAACCUAAAACCACUACAUAUGAUAACUGGAUAAAUUCGUUGAUAACUCUAACUUGUAAAAUGUGCUGCCAUGAUCUAAAAGUUUGAACCAAUAUGCAGACUUAUUAAACUUAGAACUAUUUCUAGCGGGAAACUUCUUGGUAAGUGAUAUCAUUGAAUGAGCAUAGACGUACGUUAGAAUGGGAUGAUAACCUCGUAGUAUUACGUUGGCAUUAAAAUAUACUUACAGUGUAUGUCCGUCGUAGAAAUCCACAUUUGUGGCUAACUGUUGAAUAUCUGAAGAUACGUAUACUUAUGGUGAUAGAAAACCAGGUUUCAAUGCGAUUCUGACGGAUGUUGUAAGUGAGUUACAAGCGAUGCUGAAAGUAGGUCUGAGUGUCUCAAAGUUUUAAAUGAAUCUUGGUGCUAAUUUGACGACUAUAGUUUGUAACACCCUCUUGUUCAAGUAUUAAGUAUGCCGUUAAACAUAAUUUAAUAGCAGGUUGUGAAUAGUGUUUAGUUUUAAACGAACUUUGCUCCAUCUACUUCUGUUUAGUAUCAUUAGCCUUUACUUAGAGUGUCUCAUAACCCCCAAGUAUCUGGUGAGUGAGUUAACCUAAAAAGGUUGUUUUAGGCUCUCACCUCAGUACGCGCAUAACCUUUGGAAAUAGGAACUUACUAGUCAUCGGAAAUUUCAAGGAAAACUCCCAGACUAGUAGAAAUGGCGUGUCUUUUGUUGCAUUGCCCAAAUUUUCUAAUAUGACUCAUGCAAAGUUUCCAUAAAACUGGUCUAAUCUUUCUCAAAGUUGGGAUAGUGAGACUUUUUCUUCAAACGUCUACCUCUAGGGGAAGUGUCAAACAAUUUACAUCUCUGUGUACUCCGAGUAGUCUACUUUUCGCUUGAAGUUUGAUCUCAUUAUUUCCCUUUCUCUUAGAUUUAGGCCAAAUAGUUCAAUUUUCCUCUCCCUCAGAAACCAACUUUUCUUUGCAGUUAAAAUAAGUUAGAAGAAUGGUUUAUGUGUGAAAAUCCAUUUAUUUAAACAAAUUUUAAUAAGUUUACAAAAAUACUAAAAACGGUAAGGUAUUAGUGACAUUCCUAUUUUGCAACUGAAAAUUAUAGUUAUUCUCGAAUGCAAUCUAAAACAAAGUAACAAUUAGCAGUGUAGAGGUGGACUAUUUGACGUAAAUAGUGACUAGAAAUGUCUCAUAUUUUAAACGGAUCACCAACUCAUGCAUACUUUUACCAUUUAUUCCUCAUUUAUUUGGAUGCAGCACAUCCAACUGAAUAUGUAUAAGUAUGUUUAAAAAGCAUUUUACUUAGAAAAUUUUAGAUAAUAGUUAAGAAACUUCAAAAACAUAAACGUAUAAAUCACAUAUUGUCAUUAAGGAGCAUAAUUUUCAUCAGUGGAAUUCUGAAGUGAAAUAAUAUCUGUUGGUUAUUGGAAGAGGAGGGAAUGUCUUUAAAAUCUGGACCACGAAGAUAUGACACCGUGUAUUGGGACUUACAGUAACCUUCAACAAAAUUGGUGCGUGUAUCCAGGAAACGGAAAUAAAAAGUCAGUGCAAACUGUUACCUUCAUUUUUUCCCUAUAUCAUGAAAGUAAUGCAGGUUUACGGUGUCGAAAACUGUCGCAAGACCUUUUUCACUGACACAGUGGUAAAAAUCCUGAUGUUUAUCUGCCUAGUGAAUAAAGAACCAGUCUUAUUUCUUAUGUUGUUGUAAAACCUAUACCUAUGAUGUCCCCGUUUGGUAAUAGUCCUAAACAAAGUAAACUUGCAAGUUCUGUCUUCAUGCUGUAGGCGAAAAUACUUCGAAUGGAUGUUUUCUGGGGAUUAUUUGUGCGUAGGUUAACGAUUUCCAGCUUGUGUUAAAGAAUUCUAAAAAACCUUUAGUUGACAAAUUUAUUAUUCUAGUCUUCUUAUCGAAGGUACAUGUCCGACUCUCUCAGCUCCUCUUCCGUUGAGAGGGAAUCGCUAAUGCAAUAAUUCUGCAUCCAUCUUAUUGAACAUGCUACCAAAGCGUGACCGCCUAAAGUGAAAUUAGUCUGCAUUAGGUAAUUGUUUAGUAUUCAUGUUCGUGAAUGUUUUAUUUACAGUGGUAAUCUAAUUAAAUACACGUUUUAUCUUUGCUUUCAGAAAUCUAGGUUUAGAAUGAAUCAUAACCAGUUUAAAUUUGACUUUCCAAUAGAACAAGUUUUGGAAGAAUGGAAGACACUAGAUGAAAAUGAAGACAUACCGGCUGAAGAUCAAGAGAACGAUAACGAUGAAUCGAAUAUUGUUAGUCAAGAAUCCUUUUUUGCUCCUCACUACAAAGAUGGUAUUGAAUAUUUUUCCAUAAAAAACCCUGAAAAAGUAAAGCAAGAGUGGCUUGAAGCUAGAAAAUUAAUUAUACCACAUAUUCAGAACGUUGUAAAGCAUCUAGUUCGAGAAAAAUUUCAAAAAUGAUUGAAUAUAUGAGAAAUUAUUCUUUCCCUGCAUUUUAAUUUUACUAUUCACUGUUAAUUAUGUCAUUUGAGUGGGUUUUGAAUAUAGAUACAUAAAAAGAACCUUCUGGAUACAUUUUUGCUCAGGAUUACUUGGUAGUGCUUCAUGAUUUGAUUCUUGACAUGUCCCAUUCUAUAUUCAUUUCAUGUUAGCUGUAGAUUUUAUGCCUAUCAUUGCCACCUAUAUUAUAGUCAUAUGUUUAUUUCACCUUAUAACUCGUUUAUAUCCCGUUUAAACAGUCUUUAGUCGUCAGAUGUUUUUUUUCAGUCUUGGUGGUUAACUGACUUGCUUUCUAAUCAGUUGGUUGUUUAUUUGGAUUUUUCUUGAACUACUUUGGCUUGAUUGACUUGGUUGUCUCAUUAAAUUUCACACAAAGUGUGCCUUUAAGAACAGUAUAAGAACUGGCACCUAGUUUGCUUUUCAGAGGUUGUUACUGAAUGUGAAAUCAGACGCGGUUGUUGUGAGAUCACUCAUGCUUUUUCAGAUCACUGUCUUCAAUUUUUGACACUUAAACAGACUAAACAACAGAUAAAUGUUAUUGAAACAUUAGAAGGUUUCAUUUUGAUGUUAUUUGUGCUUCAAGAAAUUGUGUUUGAGACUCCGACAAAGUAAUUUUUAAGGUCCUUACUGUUAUGUUUAACCAUUAUAAGGUCAGGUUUCUUAAAAUCUUGGAACGCCGACUUUAGCAGUUUGGAUGCGACCUACAUAUCAACUCAAAAGCUAAGGAAAUAGGCUGUCAAUCCCUUGCACAGCCAAGUGGAAUAAAUGGUAUUUCCGUUGAAUUAAGACAUAAAGGCACAUUGUCUCUUCCUUUAACUUGGUCCUACAGGCUGUGCAACUCAAUUUGCGAUGUUAUCAGACAUAUCUCAAAACAAUAGCUAACAUAGAUACUGUUGUAUUUCUUGUGAACAGCGAAAUGCAACUAACUAAACUAAAUUUAUAUUGAUUGUCCUUGAUUAAGUUGUAUCUACUGACAUUUUCAUUUGUUUAAGUAUCCUCUCUUCCAUUCUUCAUUAAAUUGUUAUCAAAUUUUAUGUAGUCUAUGCCCUAUUGAUUAUAUCCGAACGUCUUUCUGUCUUAAAAUUAAAGUGGAAUUUAUCACCUUUAUUUUUGAUGUGAAAAGCUUACGUACGUAUUCUCUAAAACUACAGUAUAAAUAUGACCCAAAUAAAAAAUGCUUUCAUAUUUCUGUUUUAAACUAGUAUAUGGCGCGCCUUAUUAACAGAUUUAUAAUGGCUCAAAUAUGUUACGGGCAUAGUAUUUGAUUUGUAAGCUAUUGUGAUUGAUUAUUAAAGACACUUGUUUUGCAUAUAAUCAAUGUCUGCACAUACUAAAUCUGCAAUGUGUUCGAAAGCCACGCUUGUUUAGUAGAUAACAGUGUUUUCUUUAAGAACAUAACGCGUAACAUACAAAAGCAAUGGCGAAAUUACUUUUUAUGCCAAUAAUCCGACUUCAAUGAUCAAAUCUAACUCGAAAUACGUACUAUCUCCACAUAAUUGUUCGAGCUACUCAAAAGGAUACAUACUCAUUUAGAUGAGUCAAAUCGUCUGGAUGCUUUAAGUUGACUGAAAAGUUUCUGGUAAGUGAUUCAUGUUCGCUCCGAUCAGUGCAGCUAUGAGAAAAUUGUUAUCUAUUACUUGCUCCCAACUGAAACAGUAAUUUUCCAUAAAUUCUCUUAAGGUUCCAUAAGUUCGUGUAGACAUACCUAAAGAACUUGAAAAAGUAAAACACAAUACUUUUAUAGGCGGAGGAUAAACACAUUCUGCUGUUUUACUCCAUUAAUAUGUAACAUAAAGUACUUUUCUCGUCAGCACUUACAGUUUCCAGACUAUCCUUGUUAAAUACUGUGAAAAAUGUCGAAAAUUCUAUGAUAAACCCACUACUGAACCCAUUCACUUUGAGGUGUAAGUAGUUCUUCUAAUGUUUUGUCACUGACUUUAAUUCAGAGUAACCCUUCAUACGUAUACUAACAGAUUCCAUCAAUCUAACUGGACUACCUUUGAAAGAAGAACUAACCAAAAAUCGACUUUUCGUCAUAAACACCCAUUUUAUCAUCUAUGAUUUCACUACUUGAGAUUUAAAUCAUUCUUCGUUUUUGGUGACAACCCAAAUAGUCUACCGAGGUUCCGGAACAUCCAUUUUAUCAUCU